GGCGGAAGCUGGGCGGGAAUUUAUUUUUCUGUGCCUGAUCCUGCUGUUUGUGGAUCUCAGUAAAUGCGCGCUGAACAAUUCAUGGUGUAUACCAAAUCUGUUUACAGAAAGCAAGAAAAUUAAACAGAAUGUGACACACUUUCGAAUGAGGACAACCGGAGAAGUUCAAAAUCAAACUAUAUGGGAAGAUUUCGAAUUUAUAGAGGUCAAAGAGAAAUAUCUAGAUGAUUGUAAACCUAAAUGUGAAGAGAAGUGUAGCCCUAAUGCAGAUUGUGUAUGGAGAGACAAAACUCAAAAACCUAAAUGUGUUUGCCAUGAAGGCUUCGAACGUCUUCCAUCGAUGCCGUGCCAUCCAGUUUGUAUUUCUAAUUGUGGAACUAAUACCGAAUGCAAGAGUCCGGGUAGUUGUGAGUGCAUUAAGGGUUACAACAGAUCAGCCCAGAAUUUUUCCAACUGUGAUCCGAUUUGUACAACGACUUGUGGAGCUCAUAAAAUUUGUGUUAAACCUGAUACCUGUCAAUGCGAUAGUGGAUACGCAGAGGAUAAGCUGGGAGUCUGUCAUCCUGUUUGUAAAAAGGUCAUCUGUGGAAAUUAUGAAAAAUGCACAAGCCCAGAUACCUGUGAGUGUGUCGACGGUUAUGGUAAUGCAAGUGGUCACUGCCAACCUCAAUGUUCCAAUGGAUGUGCUUUAAAUAAAUUUUGUGCUAGACCGGAAAUAUGUCAGUGCCAAGCUGGCUAUACCGAGGAUCAAUUAGGAGUCUGUCGGCCAAAAUGUUCUGCAGAAUGUGGUCAAUUUGAAGAAUGCAUAAGACCGGAGGAAUGCCAUUGCUCAACGGGUUACACUAGAAAUCAUGUAGGAACCUGUGAACCAGAAUGUCUAAAUAAGUGUCCCGAAAAUAGUUUCUGCAUCAAGCCAGAGGUAUGUGAGUGUAAGGAAGGCUAUCAGAAGUCUGGCCAUGGAGAUUGUAAACCAAUUUGUAAUGCCUGUGGCAACCACAAUUACUGCAGUACACCUGGAAACUGUAGCUGCUUGGAGGGCUACCAUCGGCCAAAGGCAGACAUCUUGGACUGUGAACCAAAAUGCCCAGAAGGUUGUGGAUCCAAUGCUGAUUGUACACAUCCUGGCAAAUGUAAUUGUCAUCCUGGCUAUAAGAUGAGUGAAAAUGGCGACUGUGUGCCAAUUUGUGCUCCGGAAUGUGAAGAACACAGUUACUGUUUGAGUCCUGGCAAGUGUGAUUGCAAGGAAGGUUACAUUGGCGAGGGCAAUCAUUGUACUCCCAAAUGUAAUAUCGAGUGUGGGGACAACAGCUAUUGUGUCCUACCAGGUAUAUGUGAAUGUUUAGCAGGUUAUAAGGCGAAUGAUAAGGAUAAUAUCAACUGCUCCAGUGCUACUGCCAUGUGGAUAAUUAUAUUCCUCGGUGUGGUCAGCAUUACAGCUGUUAUAUCUCUUAUAUCUUGUGUAGCGUUUGUUUUCACAAGACGCUACAAGGAACCAGUCUUUGUGAAACAUACGGAUGCGGAUGGAACUGAUCUGCGAAAUGUGGAUCUACGUAGAUAUGAUACUAGACUCGAGGGUAUCGAUAACAGCUCUUACAUUUAAACAAUAAUAUUUUUAAUAAAAGAUUUAAUUGUUACUAACAUA